UAUACACAAUUUUUUUUUGUGUUCCUCCAGCUGUGGAGGAAAACAAAUAACACACAGGACAUAGUCCAAAGUCCUGGACGAAGUACACCUGGAGUUCACGCGAUACCGUCCAGCCCGUUCAUCCGAGCCACAUCCGCGAGAGAAACUAACGCUUUACGACGACGACAGAACUUGGCCAGCACCAUUAUCUUGCCUUGGCAAACCCAGCGACACCAUGGAGUACAAACUGAUUGGACCGGAGCACCAUGACCAGGUGCUGGAGCACCUGCGUCGCAACUUCUUUGCCGACGAACCGCUAAACAAGGCCGCUGGCGUGUGCCAGAAUGGCAGCAGCAGCGCCGAGCUGGAGGAGCACUGUGUGGAGGCCAUGCAGGAUGGCAUGAGCCUGAUGGCAGUGGAGCCGCAGCAGCAGGUGGGCAGCUGUAAAAUCGCCGGCGUGGUACUGAACGGCAUCUACAGGGCCGACGAUACGGCCAAGGCGAUGGAAAAGCUGGACCGAAGCCAGGAUCCAGGCUACCGGAAGAUCUUUGCUCUGCUCCACUGUCACAACACCAAAAAUGAUUUGUUUAAGGAAUUCGCCGUGGACUCCAUCUUCGAUGUGCGCAUCCUUUCGGUGGACUCAUCCUAUCGCGGCCGUGGCAUUGCCAAUGAGCUGGUCAAGCAAUCGGUGGCGCUGGCCAAAAAGAAUGGUUUCUGUCUGCUAAAAGCCGACGCAACCGGCAUCUUUUCCCAGAAGAUAUUUCGAUCCCAUGGCUUUGAGGUUUUUGCCGAGCAGCCGUACGACAAAUACACAGAUGACGAGGGCCACAUAAUCCUCCCCGUGGAGGCGCCGCACAUUAAGCUGCAGCUGCUCAUCAAGCACAUCUACGAGCAGAAGCUGGCCCAGGAUUAGGUGGGGGAUAAGCAAACAGGGAGUGUUAAAAAAGGCUUAGUUUGGUUGGAAUAUUGUAUUUUCUACACACACAAAAUUAUGCAUAAUCGUAUUGGAAUGUGUGGGUCGAUUUUGAAACAAGUAUUCAGCAGAGGCACAGCUACGGAUAAUACGUUAACUUUUUCUUAAAUAAAUAAGGGUAAAUAAAUAAAAGAAUCCGAAACUAAUAAAAAUAAAAUAAAAAUUAAUUAACUUUUAAAGUGCAAAUUGAUGAAUUCAUUAAUUAUUAUUAUUAUUAAUACCUUUACGGUUCUUGAAAUCAUUUUUGGAAAGCAUCUAAAAGUAUGCAACAACAUUUUUGAAUUCACUAAAAUUUCGUCAUUUUUUUCUCUAAUCAAAUAAUAAAAAAUAAAACUUAAUUAAUUUUUACAAUGCAUUAUUUUUUACCCUUAUUCUUGACACCUUUUUAGAGAAAACCUCUGGUAACAGAAUGUUCCUUAUUUUUUAUAAACAAAUACAUACAUUUCUUGAGUAUUUAUGUAUUUUUUAAAAUAACAUUUAAGAGUAGGAGCUAGUAAAUAUAAA